AUGUCUGAUAGAUCGCAGAGUCCAGAGUGCCAAAGCCGGCCCUAUGACUUCAGCCGGACCAACCCUUGCACCCAGAUUUUGGGUCAGGAUAUUUUGGGCAGCGCUGCGUCAUUUCAGCUUCCUCACGGCGUCCUGCCAGACCCGAGCUUCCUCUACAAUAAAACCGCUUAUAGUGGCAUCACAUCGGCCUCUGCACAGACCUUUUUCCCUUUCCCACCCGUCGCCGGGGACUACAGGGGAUCCGACCUGCAGGCUGGGGAGUUUGGGCAACCCAAGCACUGGUAUCCCUUUGCUGCACCCGAGUACACCGGCCAGGUACCCGGCGUAACAGCAGCUACCCAGCCUAUAAACCUGAGUCCCCCAAUAGCCGAGACCAGGGAGCAAAUCAAACUGCCCGAAAUAAAGACUGAGAAAGACACUGGUGAUGACUAUUCAACGGAAAUAAAGGUUCAGCAGUAUCCAACACCUCCAACCUCCGCCGCCAUGCCCCAUGGAGUCUUCUACUCUACGGCCUGGAACCCGUCCUUCUGGCCCGGGAUCACCCACAUCACACCACCGGGCAGUAAUAAUCAAAACCCCUCAACAUCAUCUGCAUCUUCACCAUCUAUGUCCCCUUCGCCCCCAAGCAACGGGCUUCCAGGGAACGCGUUUUUCGGCGUGAACACAACCCAGGCUGUCACCGGGCCGCAGACGCAGAACCCGGCCUCCUCCACGCGGAGCAGCGGGUCCUCCAGCGGCGGGUGCAGCGACUCUGAGGAGGAGAAUCUUUCCACGGAAGAACUGGAGCAGUUCGCUAAGGAGCUGAAACACAAACGUAUUACCUUAGGUUUCACUCAAGCUGAUGUUGGCCUUGCCCUAGGUAACCUUUAUGGUAAGAUGUUCAGCCAGACGACCAUUUGCCGUUUCGAGGCUCUGCAGUUGAGCUUCAAGAAUAUGUGCAAGCUGAAGCCCCUUCUUCAGAGAUGGCUGAAUGAGGCAGAAACCUCGGAAAAUCCCCAGGAUAUGUACAAGAUCGAGCGGGUAUUUGUUGACACCAGAAAGAGGAAGAGGAGGACCAGCCUGGAGGGUGCAGUGCGCUCUGCUCUGGAAUCUUACUUCAUUAAGUGUCCCAAGCCCAACACCCAGGAGAUCACACACAUCUCGGACGACCUGGGUUUGGAGAGAGAUGUGGUACGCGUCUGGUUCUGCAACCGAAGACAGAAAGGAAAGCGCCUGGCCUUGCCACUAGACGAGGAGUGCGAUGGUCAGUACUACGAGCAGAGUCCUUCCCCACUGAACAUGGUCCCUUCCCCCAUUCCCAGUCAGGGAUACCCUACUUCCAGCUACCCCGGUGCCCCUCCUCCCACACUCUAUAUGCCCCAGCUUCAUCGGCCUGACGUCCUGAAACAAGCCCUGCACCCCGGACUGGUUAGUCACCUGACUGGAUAAGCACGCUGAGGUAGUCCCCGGCCAGAACCACAGAUUGCCUUCCCAGAGCCUCUCUGUCCAACCCCAACUCAAGCUGAGGACGAGCCUCUAAAUCCAAUAACGAGAUCGACCGAUCAUAUCGGUGGAUAGAAACAUUCAAAAGUGUGGAAGCUCUUCUACUGAGUGCAGUGGAAGAUGGAUAAAAGUGGUUUCUUUUCCCUGUUUAGAUGAUGAAACUGCCAAGGGCCACAUCCUCUUACCAUGAAAUGCAUCUCAACAUAUGCUUUGACUUCAAACUAAAACAGGAACAAUUUAAACCAAAUAUUUCUGAAUGUGCCUUGUGUUCUUGGAUAGUGCAUAGUAAGUUAUUCCAUAGGUUUUAAUCAUUAUAGGUUUAAUCAUUGCAGGUUUAGAACAGUGCCAAAGUGGUACUUCAGUAUAUGGUCCUGUUGUGGAGUGAGUAAGUGAAUGUGAACAGAGUUAAAGAUCCAGGGUUUUCCUUCCACUUGUACUAAAUUGUGGGUAGGUUCUCUGUGGUGCAGAUGAGGAAAGAUCUAAGUUAUCUAAGGAAUUGCCGUGUGACCCUCUUUGAACAGAAUUUACAGUCAACAGUUUGGUCAAUGUUUGUGCAAUACUUUUUGUGUCCCAUCUGACUAGAGCAUCUACAGUAUUAGUCUGAACUGUCAAUGAAAUGGAAACUGCACCCUCAUGUUCUUGGCGCAUUUCUCAGAUUUUUGCACAAAGUUGCUUUUGUAAUGUCGAAUAUAUCUUUUCUUUUUUUUUUUUUAAUGUCCCAUUUGUAUACUGAACCUAGAUUUAAAGUUGUUGAUUGUCAUCGACAUCUUUACAAAAUAUUUUUAGCGCUGAUGGGUGAGUAAUAUUUUGAGGGAGUGUUAUGAUUUGUUACUCCAAAGUGUCUUAGCUGCUAAUUCUGCCAAUUGCACACCGUCAGUAUUUUUCUCAGGUGGUAGCGAGAUUAAGUCUGACCUGACUCUGAUCAAUUAAGUGUUAAGUUGAAGCUACAACAGCCAAAUUGUAUUUCAAUACCUCCAUUUUGUUUUUAUUGUAAAGAGUUUUUAUGUUGAAUGAAUUGUUGAAUAACAGUCAAUACUAAAAAUCAAGUUUGGGUGCUCAUUGCAGUA